CAGGAAUUUGCAAGGUGCUAAGGCUUUAGAGAUACUGUGCAGUGCUGGUUUCCAUAAUGAAAGCUUCGGUCCACCUCCCCAUACGCCGUCACAUCCUCCGAACACGGACGCGUCUCACAUGGACCCUAAAGGUCUGCCCUGGCUGCCGCUCCCUCUCCCUCUCCCGGAGCUAUCAAACCUCCAAGUCUCAAAAACAAAUUGCCGUCGACGCCAGCCGAAUCGACGCGCCGCUCGACGCAAAGCCACGGCCAUUCGCAGUCGAGCGCAUCGGGGGCCGUGAAUGCCAUGUCUCAUGGGGGGAGGGCGGCGUGGCGAAGGAAUGGCGUUCGCGUCUUGGCUGCGGCAGAUGUUCUUGCCAACCAAUUACCCGCAGUCUGUGCAUCGCUCGUACUGGUGGUUCCACGUGCUUCAAUUUGUCGAAGGCAUGGCGGGAACUAUCGUCUCAGUGCUCUGCAACCAGGCGCUGCUGUCGGCUGUCGGCGUAAGCGCGGAGGGAAGCAUCUUCGGCGCCGUCGCGGUGCAGUGGAUCAUCAAGGACGGCGCGGGUGAGAUAGCCAAGCUGUUCUUCAUUCGGCGGUUCUCGCCGUUCUUCGACAGCCACCCGAAGACCAUUGCGUUGUUCGGUGAGGGCGUCAUCGCGUUUGGCAGCGCCCUGCAGAUGGCGACGGUGCUGGUGCACCCCACUCCGACAAGCUUCCUACUGUGUGCAGGUGAGAAGAGACACUUUACGAUCGGUUGGACCUGAUGGAGCUGGAUAUAGCUGGCGGGAACAUCUUCAAGCUCGUCGGGUACGCUGUGAGUGUGUUAGCUAGAUGUGAUACAAGUAGGCGCUCACCGCCUGCUGCUUUGCCAGAUCUGGUCCACAACCCACAUGAAGUGG